GGCCCUAUUUGCUCGCACGUUUCCUCAAUCAUGAUAGACACUGGUCCUUCAGCCUUCUCAUGGCCCGCCCAACUUACACGCCGUCUCCAUCAGAGACCCGUCGCUAGGAAAGCGGCCCUCGUGCCUCGGUCUGCGAAUCGGUCCAAGUUCGUGGGGGGGGAAGCGGCCUCGACUCCAUUCUGCGUUUGUCAUUCGAGCAAUCGAUAUUAGCUCCUCGCUUCCCAGUGUCAUAUCGCGGCGUGCUCGUAAUAGCUUACAUCUUCGCCUCUUUCUAUUGCCUUUUUUUAUUCUUAAUCAUACCGAAAGUGCGGCAUUAGGAUCCUACAAGAUUCAAUUUCAUCUAUCCUGGUUGAAGCAUUAUACCAGACCCCAGGCAGAGAUGCUACAGUACCGCGCGGCCACUCGAAUAGAGGCAUCAACGAGCUUCAGCUAUAAAUCUUCCGGACAACAGCUAAUCUGGGGAUUUAAUAUCCAUCAAACACGACGCUAGACCCAUCCCUCGGCCAUCUUCCCACCACACUACAUCGGCGGAGAAGAAAAGGACCCUCCAACUCCACGAAUACACCAACAAGAAGCAUUCCGUAUCUCAGAUUUAGGCGCCGUCUUGGAACGCACACAGUUCUUAAUGCCACCUCAGCCAACUUAUUUCCGUCAGUGGCAGCCCAAACAGGUAGGUCAGGCCGUGACGUUAAAGCCGAAGCGCAUGACAGGUAGUAUUCGCAUUGCCAGUAGUAGUAGUACUACUAACCUCGAAGCUACAGUACAUCGCCUAAUUGGCGUCAUUCAGCAUUGAAUUGAAGAUUGGCCAAGCUCUCGCUCGCUAGAGACACAGAGGCGGUAGGAGAGGCGAGCAGAGAUAGGCAAAGGAGUAGGUAAUGUCCAAUUUCACGUGGCUUCUCGUCACCGUAGCAUCGCUACAGCUGUCACUUGCACGAAUACUGCUAGUACUCGGCGAAGGCUCGUACUGCCAGCACAACGUCGUGUCGCUUCGUCUACCAUCGCGUCGCUUCUCGCUACCCGGCCCCUGGAUUUGGCUCAGUCGGUUGGGUCCGGCAAUUCAGAAAGCCCUUGUGCUCUGUGUCGCUACGGGCAAUACCAGAGGACAGCUACACGAGUGAUACUACUCUUCUACCCGCAUGAGGUAGCACCGCCGCCAUCACUGCUGAGGUAGGCAGGUAUGACGGUAUUACUGCCACUUCUACGGCAUACUUGUAACUCUGCGUGCGUAUAACGAUCGACCAUGUCCAGAAACAGGACCCCAAAGGACAGACGGCCCGUCUCUUGUCGCGGCAACUCGAGCCGAGUCUUUCAGUCUCACGACGUAUAGUCGUAUACCUGUGUACAGUACGUGUAUUGGCCAGGGGGGGCGACUACUAUACCUAAAAUCAUUAGUUUUCCAUUAUGCCUGCUG